UUUUCCGUUCCUUUUUUUUCUUUGCAAAUAUGCUUCAUUUACUUGGUGUCAAUUUGCCAGACAGAAAGAUUAUUAGUCGAGCACUUCAAUACUUUUAUGGUAUUGGUGAAACUACGGCUAAUAAAAUAUGUAAAGACUUGUCAAUUGCACCUACAGUUAAAGUAGCAGAAUUAAGUGAAGUUCAGAUCAACGAAUUGACCAAUACCCUCGCCAACAUGACAAUUGAAACUGAUUUAAGGAGACAAGUGCGAGAGAGUAUUAUGCAUCAUAGAAACAUUGGUAAUUACAUUGGCAGACGACACGCGAUGGGUUUACCUGUGAGAGGGCAAAGAACGAGAAAUAACGCUAGCACUGCCAAAAAGUUGAAUGGAAGAUGGCUUCAACGUAGAACAAUUUGGACACAAGUACAGCAAACACCAUUAAAUAAUUUUUUAGAAAAAUUCAUGUAAAAUAAUAAUAAUAAAACGAAGGGACGAUUCUAUAUCAAAAGCAAAAGAAAGGGGGGUAUCUUCAUUAUUUUCUUUAAUCUUGAUGUCCACUGCAUGUAACAAAACUGACAAGGCUUUUCCAAAAUCCAUGCUUUUCUCUUCUUUCUUUUUGUUGACUAAAAGGAUCUUGUAAGGGAAC